AUGCACCAUUCUAUACAAGAAACUCUACCUGCUUCAACCACUUUAGGAAAUGAUCAACAAUCAUUAAACACGAUAACAUCAUCAGAACCAACGCAACAUUCAAGUACGGACAUUCUCACAGAUGGUACAAACUUACAGAGCACGACGGUAUUAUCACAAAACACCGCAAUACUCUCUCCUACAUGGAACCCCGUAAAUACAAAAGAGAUCACUGUUAACUACAAAACAGAAGUCACACAAUUGCACCACUCUACACAAGAAACUCUACCUGUUUCAACCUCUUUAGGAAAUGAUCAACAAACAUUAAACACGAUAACAUCAUCAGAACCAACGCAACAAUCAAGUACCGACAUUUUUACAGCUGUCACAGACCUCAAGAACACGACGGUAUUCUCACAUACCACCGGAAUACUUUUUCCUACAUGGAGCCCACAAAAUACCAAACAGACCACUGCUAACUACAAGACUGAAGUUACAGACUUGCAUUAUUUUACAGAUAAAACGAUUACCGACAUUCUUACAGAUGUCACAGACUUACAGAGCACUACGGUUUUAUCACAUAACAGCGAAAUACCUACUUCUACACCGUAUCCUGAACUAACCACUACUAGCCAUCAGACAGAGAUGACAAGCGCCCCACUUUCUACAAAUAUCGGCACUCAAUCGCAUGGAACGACUAUUCCUGCAACGACAAUUGAUACACAUUCUAUCAGUAAUACAAAAUAUGAUCGUAGAUCAACGCAUACGCAUUACUCCGGAAACAACCAUCACAUCAAUUACAGCAACGCCUACCAUGGACAGGUCGACUUAUCAAACAUCAACAUUCAUUGA